ACGAGAAAACACACACGGCCACACGUUUUCACACCAUCUUAUUUAUACACUUGUAUCCUUCCUCGCACCACCCCUAAACACCCUCAUGCCAUUACAACCAUCCACCCUUCUCCUCCGCUACAACCACCGUAACCAUGCCCCUCACCCGCCUCUGCUUCGUGUUACCAACCGAGAACGAUGAUAAACCGGUUGAACAUGACCACCAAUCCAAAAAACAAGAUACGCGCUCACACAAACACCGGGGAUGUAGUAUUCACAUCCCCGGUGUCUUGUCACGCGCACUUCACCGCCUGUAUGACACAGGAUUGAACAUCCCGUGUCAUGGCGAGUGCUCGUGUGGCUUCUGCCAACACGGUCCGUCUGUUGUCUUCCAUGACACCGAAGGAGUUCAUUUCCCAAAUGAGAAGGCGUUUGCGGGCCAUAGCCCGAAAACGUUCAGCUACUCCGAGCUUUAUAUAGGCACCAAAGGCUUUAGUAAAGAUGAAAUCCUCGGAAGCGGGGGGUUCGGGAGAGUGUAUAGAGCGGUUUUGCCCAGGGAUGGGUCCGUGGUGGCCGUGAAGUGCUUGAUGGAAACCGGUGAGAAGUUUGAGAAGACUUUCGUGGCGGAGCUGGCCGCUGUGGCCAAUCUCCGCCACCGGAAUUUAGUCCCGCUACGCGGAUGGUGCGUUCACGACCAUCAGCUUCUCCUUGUUUAUGAGUACAUGCCGAAUCGCAGCCUUGACCGGGUGCUUUUUCGGCGCGCUGGAGCAGGACUCGGCUGGGACCGGAGACAGAAAAUCGUGAUAGGUCUCGGUGCAGCACUGUUUUAUCUCCACGAACAACUCGAGGGUCAGAUCAUACACCGCGAUGUGAAGACGAGUAAUGUGAUGCUGGAUUCGAGUUUCAACGCGAGACUCGGUGAUUUCGGGUUGGCUAGGUGGCUAGAACAUGAACUCAAGUACCAAAUCAAUACAUCAACAAAACACCGCAGAUUCAGGGCGGCAGACACCACACGAAUAGGCGGCACAAUCGGAUACUUAUCGCCCGAGAGUUUCCACAAAGGAGGUGUCGCCACAGCGAAAUCAGACGUUUUCAGCUUUGGUAUCGUGUUGCUCGAGAUUGUUUCGGGACGAAAAGCAAUGGAUCUUACAUUUCCAGAUGAGAAGAUUAUUCUACUUGAUUGGGUCAGAGAGCUAGCUGAUGAGAAAAUUAUGCUACAAGCUGUUGAUAGUCGAUUAAAAGACGGAUCAUACAAGGUUCAAGAUGUGGAGCAUUUGAUCCAUCUCGGGUUGUUGUGCACGCUGCAUGACCCGAAAUCUCGACCCACCAUGAAAUGGAUUCUCGAAUCGCUUUCGGGUAUAUACGUGAAGCUCCCUGAUCUUCCGUCUUUCAAAAGUUACCCGCGGUACAUAUCUGUAUCUCCACUGAUUAGUAGUAGUAAUGUAACAAACACUACACCAUCAUCGACCACCACCGCCAACGCCACGGGUACCGCCACUACCGCCAGUUCCGAUAGCACGACAAUCUUCAUUUCCGCCAAGGGAGAAAGCUUGUAUGUAACCGCAGAAGCCGGAUACACUGGUGGCAAUGACAUUGACAUGGUUUCGCGAACGAUAUCGGCCUCUCAUGUUAUGGGGACCGAAUAUAGUGUUGACGACAGCCUGUUUUCGAGCGUGAUCACAACCACUAAUUUGAGCCGACGCCAAUCGAAAACAUUUCCGAUGGUUAAACCGCCGCGUGAGAUAACAUACAAGGAGAUCAUUUCAGCCACGGACGAUUUCGCGGAUUAUAACCGGCUAGCAGAGCUCGACUUUGGAACCGCGUACUACGGUGUUCUCGAUGAGCAAGACAUAAUUGUAAAGCGACUCGGAAUGAAGACAUGUCCGGCGCUAAGGACUCGGUUUUCGAACGAGCUAUCGAAUUUGGGUCGACUUUGCCAUAGGAACCUGGUCCAGCUCCACGGUUGGUGCACCGAGCAAGGCGAGAUGCUCGUGGUCUACAACUAUUCGGCUAGUCGUGUGUUAGGACAACUCCUCUCUCACCAUAACCAUCAAAGAUCACAACCGGCUUUGAAAUGGAACGAUCGUUACAACAUUUUGAAAUCACUUGCGGAUGCGAUUCAUUACCUUCACGACGAGUGGGAGCAACAGGUGAUUCACAGAAGUAUAACCUCAUCUGCCAUAGGCAUCGAACCGGAUAUGAACCCGAGGCUCGGUUCAUUUGCAUUAGCGGAAUUUCUAACGAGAAACGAACAUGACCAUCAUGUUGAAGUCGACAAGAAAAGUUCGGUAAAUGGGAUUUUUGGGUAUAUGGCACCCGAAUAUAUGGAGUCGGGAGAAGCGACCACAAUGGUGGAUGUCUACAGCUUCGGGGUGGUGGUGCUCGAGGUGGUGAGUGGACAGAUGGCAGUGGAUUUCCGAACGCCAGACGUGUUAUUGGUGAAACGGGUACACGAGUUUGAGACUCAAAAGAGGGAUUACAAACAACUGGUGGAUUCUAGACUAGACGGAGAGUAUGAUCAUACGGAACUGGUUAGGCUGGUUAAGUUAGCCAUGGCGUGCACGCGAUCAAACCCGGAGUUAAGACCAAAAAUGUGUCAAGUUGUAAGCAUACUUGGCGGUCGUGACGACGUCCUCAUGGAAGUAAAGCAAAGGAAGGAGAAAACCGAAGAAUGGAAGGAAAGAAAUAUGCUAUCUUUGUCAAUAGUUAGGAGAGUUCAAGCUUUAGGGAUACAAUGAUUUGAAUUACACAUUUACACCUAUAUUUUUUUAGUUUAUUUUUUCUUUUCCCAGAUAUGUAAAGAACCUAAUAAGAAUGUCACAAAGUUAUAUGUUGCAAAUAUGAAAAGAUUUAAGUACAUA